GCAAAAGAGUAAUAUUGGUAAAACUCAAAGUUAAAAGGGAGUCCCAGUCACAAUAUUCUUCCCACUCUCUCUUUCUCUAGCUAAACACAUCCAAAGGAAGGCUCGCCACAAGCUUGUCAUCGACAAUGGCGACUGCUACUGCGACCUCUGCCGCCACUGUUUCCCCACUUACUGCCCCUUCCAAAGAUUCUGUUUCUCGUUAUGCACCUGAUGAGCCCCGAAAAGGUGCUGACAUCCUCGUGGAAGCCCUGGAACGUGAAGGGGUCAAGGACGUGUUUGCCUACCCAGGUGGAGCUUCUAUGGAGAUCCACCAAGCUUUGACCCACUCAAAAAUAAUCCGAAAUGUCCUUCCAAGACACGAACAAGGCGGGGUCUUUGCAGCGGAGGGAUACGCCCGCUCCUCUGGCCUUCCCGGCGUUUGCAUUGCAACUUCUGGCCCUGGGGCAACUAAUUUGGUGAGUGGUCUUGCUGAUGCGAUGGUUGAUAGUAUCCCUCUCGUGGCGAUCACAGGUCAAGUCCCCCGCAGAAUGAUCGGUACGGAUGCUUUCCAAGAGACUCCUAUUGUUGAGGUAACAAGGUCUAUUACAAAGCAUAAUUACCUUGUUCUUGAUGUGGAUGAUAUUCCUAGGAUUGUUCGUGAGGCUUUCUUUUUAGCCACGUCGGGCAGGCCAGGUCCCGUUUUGAUUGAUGUACCUAAGGAUAUACAGCAGCAGCUUGUUGUUCCUAAAUGGAACCAGCCUAUUAAAUUGCCAGGGUAUAUGUCUAGGUUGCCUAAGGCUCCCGGUGAGGCUCAUUUGGAGCAGAUUGUGAGGUUGGUUUCAGAGUCUAAGAAGCCAGUGUUGUAUGUUGGUGGCGGGUGUUCGAACUCCAGUGAGGAGUUGAAGAGGUUUGUUGAGUUUACUGGGAUACCUGUAGCAACUACUUUGAUGGGUCUUGGGACGUUUCCGAGCUCGGAUGAGUUGUCAUUACAAAUGCUUGGGAUGCAUGGAACUGUGUAUGCUAAUUAUGCUGUGGAUAAGAGUGAUUUGUUGCUUGCUUUUGGAGUGAGGUUUGAUGAUCGGGUGACAGGAAAACUUGAGGCUUUUGCCAGCCGGGCCAAGAUUGUGCAUAUUGAUAUUGAUUCAGCCGAGAUUGGGAAGAAUAAGCAGCCUCAUGUGUCUGUUUGUUCAGAUGUGAAAUUGGCAUUGAAGGAGAUGAACAGGAUAUUGGAGAGUAAGGGAGCUAAGCUUAAACUUGAUUAUUCAGCUUGGAGGCAGGAGUUAAACGAGCAGAAGCUGAAAUACCCUUUGAAUUACAAGACCUUCGGUGAAGCUAUUCCACCUCAAUAUGCAAUUCAGGUUCUUGAUGAAUUAACCAGUGGGAAUGCGAUUAUAAGUACUGGCGUUGGUCAGCAUCAAAUGUGGGCUGCUCAGUUUUACAAAUAUAGGAGACCUCGUCAAUGGUUGACAUCAGGAGGUUUGGGGGCUAUGGGAUUUGGAUUGCCUGCUGCCAUUGGAGCUGCUGUUGCAAAUCCCGGGGCUGUUGUUGUAGACAUUGAUGGUGAUGGAAGUUUUAUCAUGAACGUCCAAGAGUUGGCAACAAUCCGUGUGGAGAAUCUACCCAUUAAGAUAUUAUUGUUAAAUAAUCAGCAUUUAGGCAUGGUUGUUCAAUGGGAGGAUCGAUUUUACAAGGCAAACAGGGCUCAUACAUAUUUGGGAGACCCAUCCAAUGAGUCUGAAAUAUUUCCGAAUAUGUUGAAAUUUGCAGAAGCAUGCGGAAUACCUGCUGCCCGUGUGACAAGGAAGGAAGAUCUCAGAGCAGCAAUUCAGAAAAUGCUGGACACUCCUGGACCUUACUUGUUAGAUGUAAUUGUCCCCCAUCAAGAGCAUGUCCUGCCUAUGAUCCCCAGUGGAGGAGCUUUUAAAGAUAUGAUCACAGAGGGUGAUGGAAGAACACAAUAUUGA